AUGAAUACAUUCAGUAAGCUAUUUAGCAACGCAUAUAACAGCGCACAUAACAACGAAGCAAAGGAAUGUAAAAAAGGAAACGUGUCAAAAGUUGGUGUCACGCAUACGUUGUUAAAAACUGCACCUAAUCAGUAUACGCAAUGGAAUAACGUAAAUAUUGGAACAAAGAAAAAUGUGGACAUUGGAGAAGUAGUCAUAAGAAAUAUUAAAAAGGAGGAACCGGUGUUAUUACCACAUAGGGCACACAAACUUGUUGGAUUUUCAAACGGUUCUGCGUCUAGACAAGUAUGCAAACAGAGCAGUUCUUUCAGUGUGCAGACAAAAAGUAACUCCUUUAGUAGGAAUGGAAAGAAUGUAAAUAACAGUGCAUACUCAUUAUAUAAUCCGCACAAUUUAUUCAAUGCGUACAGAUUGAAGAAUACUUAUUACCACCAACAAAAUGCUCUGCUGAAAUAUGAACCUAAUUAUCCUGACUAUGCGGUGCAGAAAGGGAAAUCGAAUAAAACGGCUCAAGAUGGAAAGAUUAUUUUAAAGCAAAAAUUGUAUCCUCCCAAGGAUUACAUACCUCACGCCGAUAUUAAUAUAAAUGAUUAUUAUAAACAGAGGAAAGGAGGAUAUUUUGAUCAUAACGAUAAUAAAAAUAGUGGCAAGUACAGUAAUUUAAUACUUAGAAGUAAUGCCUACCCCAAUUGUGGGUUGCAAGGUAACUUAAAGAAUUAUGUGAACUUCCACCCCCUUGAAUUAAGCACGAAAAAUGAAGCACUACGUAGUGAUAACUCUUAUGGGAAUGGGAAAAUUGGAAGGUCAUUGAGUCACAUGAAUCGGAAUGAAAAUGAAAAGAAAAAUCAUCUUAUCGAAAUGGGAAGAAAAAAUGUCGGACAGGAAGGAAUGCCCAAUAAAGCGAUGGGGGGUUCGCUUAUGGAUCUUCUAAACAGUACCAAGCUUGGGCAUCCCCCCGAUGGUAACAGCAGUAAGAACAGCCGGAAUGGCAAUCAUGUUAUAAGUGACAUAAUAUCCACCCCAGGUGGUCCACUGCACAGGAAUGCACACCCUAUGACGCACUUGACCCCAAAUGGAAGUGGGACCCCCCUAAACGAAAAACAAUAUUGGAAAAAGCCAAAUGAAAAUUUCUUUAGUAGAACCUACUCUCUUAAAAGUAUUAGUAACAAAAGUGUAAGCAAUUCGAAGGGAACGGAAAAUCAAUUUAACUCAUCUUCACUUAUUUCGAAUGAAAAGAGAAUGGGAGAAAAACCCAUUCCAAAAGCAACUCCCCCAGAAAAGGUGAUUCACGAGGUAAAUUUACAACGAAAUGGAGGGAAAAACCGUUGCGUGAUGCAAAUCGCAAACGGAAGCAAGCAUGCAGAAGGAGAAUUGAAGGCGAACAUGAAUAUAUGUGAACUGGGCAACGGAUCAACACUCAAUUUACAACAGAACAGAUUCACGAACAGGUUUGAUGACCCAUGCGUGGUACAGAGAAGCAAUGUGUUCAUAUGUUCGUCGAAAAAUGGCAAAUCGUACAACGGCAGUUAUGGUAAUUUCUUUGUCCCGCAGAAGAAUAACCAGUUCAGAGGCGCGUGGAGCAACAACCAACGUGACAACAACCAGCGUGACAACAACCAGCGUGACAACAACCAACCCGAUGGGAGUCAACGUGGUAAGAACAACCCUUUAACAAUAUCGACUAAAGAAAGCAUUACUUACAAGAAUGGCAGAGCGCCACGCCUUUAUGUUGCGAACAAAGAGGCAAAAGAUAGAGAGGAAAGGAGCCACAACGCCUUGAAGUAUGUCCAGCCUGAGUCAGGAUACAGGAAGAAUGCCCCCAUGGAUGAUAAUAAUGAAGGACAUAAUUUCACCCUACGGAAUAACUUCAACCAAAGGAGCUGCAAUUUUGUAAGUCCAAUUGGGUACUACACUACGCAGGAGGACGAGGCAGGAAAUGAACACAGCUCCAUUGCGCAAAACGCUAUGCAAAAAUUUACAAAUGAAGAGCUUCAAAAGUAUUAUGCACUUAAAGGGAAAAUCCUUCAAAACUGGAACCAUAAUGGUAGCGCUUGUACGAAGGAUAUAAACGGUGUGAGGAAUGACAGCACAGGUAAUGAGGGUGCCGACCAUGUGAUGUUAUCCAAAGGAGUGAGUCGCAUUCGGAAUUGUUACAUUGAUGAACCUUCUUCUGCUCGUGUCAAUGACAGUAGCGAGGUAACGGUUUCAAAAAUUGUAAAAAGGAUCAACCCCGACGACAAUGUGAACGUGAUUAGCGGAAAGUGUGUUAAGAAGACUGCAGCCGAGACAGACCAUAGGAACCAUCACGGAAAUUAUAAUGGUGGAGGAAAAACGGAUAAGCAAUGUAAUAAUAACGUAAUUACAUACGCACCUAGUGGAGGAACAGCUAGAGGUCCAGAAAAAGCGAGUAUGUCCGAAAUGGUAAUAAAUGAAAAGUGCAAAAGCAGGAUGGCGGAGAAAAUUUAUCCUCAGAGUAGUUACUACGUAAGUGAGAGCAACGAUCGGAGCGGAAAAGACGAUAAUAAAGCAAGUGUAUAUGACGCACUAAGUGGAAAUACAGGCAACUAUUUUAGUACUACAACUAAAUUCACGGGUUUGAACAGAACACAGGAAAGAGCUACUCCUGAAGGGGUUACAGGUGAAAGUAAGAAGUUAGCCCUCAAAGGGGAACAAGUUAAAAGUAAUACGGUAAUGAUGGAUAGCAAUAAGGAUUUGUCUAGUAUUAGUAGGGGUAUUAAUUCUAGUGAAGGGGGAGAUGGAGAUAUCAUCCAUUUUGAUGAAAAUGGGAAUGGAUUAAUAAGUACAGAAAAGGGAAAAAUUAAUUUUAAUGUACCAAGUGAAGAUACCUACUUGAGAGAAGCACAACAAGGGGAAUCCAGCAUGUGCUGUGAUAAAAAAGAUACAUCAGAUAUUUUUCCGAAGGUUGAUGGAACUGUAUUUGAUAAGGAAGAAGCGAAGGAAAAAAUAAGUGAAGCAGCCGAAGAGGAUGAUCAAAAAGAGAAGGCUUAUUUAUGCAGCCGAAAUGGAGGCCUUCCUAUUAGUAGCGUUAAAAGAUGCACCCUGACCAAGACGGGGACUACAGAUAGAAGUAGGGGAACUCCGAUAUUGCAACGGAAGAAAGCAUGUUGGCCUAGCGUAGGCAGUACUGAACAGAAUCCCGCGGAGGAGGAAGACGAAACUGCUUUCAAGAUUGAUGAUUAUAGCAACAUUAACCAUGUAAAAAAUAAUGAUAAUAGUGGUGAUAAUAAUGGUGAGGAUAACAAAUUGUCUAGUCAUCCAAAAAAUGAAGGGGAAAAUGAAGAAGGAGUAGAGGGAUACGUUCACGGAAACAUAAACAAUAGGCAAUCGUGUGCGAGUCCUUGCAAACGUUGGGAAGAAGAAAAUAGCAUAGAUGUGGAAAAAGCCCAUUUGGACGCGCACAAUGGGCAGAAUUACGAAGGGACUUGGUGGUCCGCACCUAAGCCGAGUUCUAUUUUAGGUGGUGCGAAGGAAAUCAGCCAGAUGGACAAAAGAAAUAGUAGGGGAAAGUGCCAUUUGUAUGAAGUGGUGGCCCCAGAAUAUUCCGCAGAUGGGAAUGAUUACCAAAGUACCAAUGCAGAAAAUAUACAAUGGAGUAAAGAAAAAAGGGGAAAGCACAUUUUGAAUAAAAAUAUAAAAGAAUUAAAAAAGGGCGUGAUGAAGAAGUACAGCUUGGAAAACCUAACUGAUUCGUACAUUUAUCACUUAAAUAAUUUGAAUAGAAAUGCUAAAAUGCGAAGUGGAAAGGGGAAGUUAAAAAUGAAUAUACACACUUCCACUGUUUUGGAGAAGAAUGUUCCAUGUGUAAGUAGCCCUGAAAGAGAUAAUAUGAAUAAGGAUUGUGUAGGGGAUGAAAAUGAAAGGGGCAAGGGUACCAAAAAGGAAGAGGAAGAACAUUACAUGAGGGACGGAAAAACUGGAGAAAUAAAAUGCACUGAAUCAGUUGUGUCAAAUGGAAAAAUGAACAAUCCUAUUUGUAACGAAUUGUCUUUCCAAAAGAGAAAUUGUAGCAAUAAUGUAGGACACUGUGAAUUGCACUUAAAAGAAAGUUCCCAUUCUGAAUAUAUGAAUUUAAUUGGUAAGGAAAAUCAAAAGGAUAGUCAUUUGCAAGUGGGGGAUAUGGAAAGGAAGGAUUUAUUGUCAUAUUUUAGGGGGAGUAUCCUGCAGGAAGGCCAUCUUAAUGGUGUCGCUGAAAGGAUAAUCGAUGGGGUGCGAUCAAACGAUGGAACGUUGGAUAAGACUGUGAAUGGUAUGAACGAUGGUGUCGGAAGGCGGAGCAGCGGAGUAAGUGGUAUGAGUGACAUUAUCUGCGAGAACGAUGGUAGCCGCGAACCGAGCGACGAAGGAGAUAGAGUUACGCAUGCGAGGAAAGUAGCCCUACCAUGGAAGAAGGAUCACAUAGUUAAAGUCAACUACAGAAGCAGGAGCAUGAAGGGGAAAGGUAAUAUCACCAUAAACACCAAGUUGGCGAGAUACGAAAGGGUGCUCAUCCACACGUGCAUUAGCAAGUUGAAUUGGAAAAAGUGUAUUGACAAUGCGAACAAAGGAACAUUCUACUGGAUAGGAUAUAACAUAACGGAUUUUGAGCAUUACAAUUAUAUGAAGAAGAAAAAAAUUAUAAAUAGAAUUCCAUCGAUGUAUAUGUAUACGAAGAAAAAGGCCUUAACAUUUUUACUGUCCCACUUGUCCCUGAUUUUCCCUUCCCUAUAUGAUUUUUACCCAAACACAUUUGUACUACCGGAGAAUAAAAAUAUUAUAAAGUAUAUUCUGAACGGUAAUAAUAAAGAUUACUAUAUUAUGAAGCCAGAUUGUGGAAGCAUGGGAAUGGGAGUGAAAGUAAUACAUAAAUAUAGCGACAUUAAUAUAAAUAUAUUGAAUGGGUACAACUGCUACAUUGUUCAGAAGUAUAUAGACAACCCCCUAUUGAUGUAUAAGAAGAAAUUUGAUUUCCGUAUAUACAUCUUACUACUUCCAGGGAAACACUACCCUAAAAUAUACCUGUCCAAAAUUGGGUUUGCUAGAUUGUGCACAGAGGAAUAUAAAAAAAAAAAGAGAUACAUUUACAACACCUUCAUACAUUUAACUAACUAUAGCAUUAAUAAAGACAAUGAAAAAUAUAUUAGGAAGAAGAACAUUCAUGAUAAGAAUAAUAAUAAGCAGCUACUGAGUGAUGUUUUUAUUUACCUGAAGAAUAAUGGAUACGAUAUUGAUGAUAUAUGGAAACAGAUAAAGAAAAUUACUUGUCUUACCUCUUUGGCAAUUUAUUCCUACAUUAAGGAAAAGAUAAAGUACAAUUUUAAUAACAAUUUUUAUUUUUAUCAGCUAAUUGGUUUGGAUAUCCUGCUGGAUGAUACUGGCAAAGCGUGGUUGCUCGAGGUUAACUCCAAUCCGUCCCUCCGCAUUGACUACAUUGACCAAAGCAACACCAACUUUGAAAUACAGUUAGAGAGUAUGUUCGACAGGUACGUGAAGGAGCCUGUGAUAAGCGAAAUGUUUCUAAUCGUGUAUCGGAAAAUUUAUAAAAAGUAUUUAUGGAGAAGGGGCAAAAGGGGCACACCAGGAGGGGUUAAUAUUGGGGAAGACCAAAUGGGUAAGGCGGGUAAAGCGGGCAAAGCGGAUAAAGCGGGUAUAGCGGGUAAAGCGGAUAAAGCGGGUAUAGCGAGUAAAGGCGGAAAAUUUGUAAAAGUUGGAAAAGUUGGCAGAACUGACAGAAUAGGGAAAGUGAAGGUUCAAAACGGGUUCACGCACGACACGUUUGUCCCCGUAAAUAUCAGGAAUGUCAAAAAUGGGGGAGCGCACAAAAAAAAAGUUGUCAAAAAGGGGAGUGCAAAAGGCGAACCUAGUGACACUUAUUUGGCUAAGGAAAAUCUCAAAUCGGACAUAGCCUGCAAUAACAAAAUUGACAAAAAAAGAGGCUUCACUCGGAAUAGCGGUGUAGGUAAAGUGCUCUCAGGUGGUGGCAAAUUUUAUCCCGAAAAGGGGUGCACCGACGAUUUACCGCGUAAUGAUCAGUGUGAGUUGAUAAACAAGUGUAAAUUGAGUGAUGCGCAAACGAGGAAGAUGGGAAGUAAUGCACAGGUGAUGAACAAAGUGAUAAAAGGAAAGGGAAAAACGAAAAAUGGUUUAUUGUUGAAGAAGGAAAACAUGAGCAUCGUCGACACGUGUGUUGAUGAAAAUGAUAUCGGUAGCUUCAGUUUGUCCAACGAAAUGGACAACGAAGCUGAGGGGGGAAGUAUCCAACUGGAAAGUAAUAAUAAUAAGGGGAUCCAGGAUGGAUACCCAACAAGGGCAACGAAGCAAAUCGGUGAGGAAAGCUCGCCAAAGGGGGAAAUCACAUCGAAUGAAAUGAGGGCAGAAAUCGGACAUAACGGGAAGUAUUUCAAUCGACCACCCAAUAUCAGCAUCGGUUAUCUAAAAGGCAUAAUGCAGAGAACACAUGGUGGUGAUGCUCAGGGGGGAGACAAUUCUCAGAGGGAGGCAACAAAUGUGAAUAGAGAGUAUAGAAAUGAGGAGGUGGUCAAUUAUGACGAAGGAGAAGGAUCCUUUUCGAACGACGAAAGAUUGUAUACGAGCUCAGAUAUGGACUAUGAAGAUAGCGAAGUGCAGAAUGGGGGAUACGGAAAAUCAAAUACUGUGGAGGGAACAGAAAGGGGAAGUAGGAGCACGUACGCAUAUGAUUGUUAUAGUAGCGGUGGAAGCAGUGAUGGCAGUGUGAAAUAUGUGGACAGAAACUUUGUUAACCGGUUAGGGGUAAAACAAAAUGGCGUCUUAAGCGCGAAAAGUAAUAAAGGGGGGCGAUUGCAGUAUUCCAGGAAAGAGGGGAAAGUCGACUCACAUGGAGAAGAAAUGAACCAAAUGUGCAGUUAUGAAGAAUUAGUAAAAAAGGAAAACAAAUUAAUAGAGAAGAAUAUUCUAAAUAAAGAGACAUACGUACAGAUAGAUAAUCAAGAAGAUAUUCAGUUUGAUAGAUUCCUGAACGACGACGUGGAAACGUACAAAACGUUAUCAAGAAAUAUUAGUGACAGUGUAUAUAAGAAGAAAAUAGAAAAUUUUAUUAUGAUUAGGAGUAACUUAUAUAAAUACAUGAACUGCUUAAAUGUUUUGGGAAUUCGUUACAUAAACAAUAAUGAUAUAAAUAAUUUUGAGGAAUUGUACAAUAAGAACAUUUCGUUCGACUUGAAAAAGACGUAUACAAAAAUCAGGAAAGAUAUUUUACAUCCGCUAAAAAAUAAUGUGCUAGAGAAGAACGUAUACAUAAAUUUAAAAAAAGAAACGAGUAAAUAUUAUAACGAAAUGAAAAUAUACAAUGACUGUUAUUUUCUUUUUGAUUUUGUUCUAAAAAAAUAUGAUAAGAAUUUGAAGAAGAAUAAUAAGAAGGUCGAAUAUCACAUUGAUAAAAAUACCUUCCUUUGCAUGUGUGCAGAUGUAAAAAUAAAUAAAAUAAUUGAAAAUGUAGAUAUCCCCACGAGCAGUUAUAAUAAUUUAUUUGAGAUAAAUAAGAACACACAGGAAAAUCAAGUGUUUCAAAUAAUUAAGGAGGUCUUGAAAAAUAAAAAUUAUGAACAUAAGGGGAAUUCCGGAAUGCACACAAAAAGGCAUGUGAGUGACGAGAACUGCUCGAACAACUCUAGCUGUGCGGGCCCUACUAAUUUGUCAAACGAAAUUUUGUCCGAGGAUCGCGUUUACAGAUGCACUGGUAAAGGGGACAACACUGAUAAUGAGUGCAGCACUGGCAGGCAAAAUCGCUGCAAAGAACAACUUGGAAACGGCUCGUAUUACGCAUCCAUCUUCUGCCCCUUUUCUCUAGUCCCCACUUCAAACAAUCUGGUGAAUUUCAACAACAUAGGAAUUGGUGGCACCAAGUAUAAAAGCAGGAGGAGAAAAAAAAUGAACAUAUAUGAUUUGGAGUAUUUAUUUAUGAGGCAAGUAUUCUUUAGCAAAUACAUUAACAAAAACCAAGGGUUAACAGUAAUCGAUUUUUUUUUACUAAUGCAACAGGUAGCUCUUUUGAUAUUCCCCUUCAUUAGCUACGUUAGUGCGUACAACGUUUCGUAUCCCUAUAAUGGUGCCCUGUUUGACGAACUGAGCAAUCAAGGAAAUAAUUUGUUUGCUAAUGGAGGUGAAGACAUUGGCAUGGGAAGUAUGAAAAAGUACCUUAAGAGUAAAAGGAAAGGAGAGAAGGACGGGUAUAAUGGCGCUUACUUAAAAAGGGAAAAUAAGGAUGGUAACGCUUGUAACGAUUUGGUCAAUUCGGCAAAAAAAGAUGUCAACAUUUUUCAUCAGAAAGGAGGAGAAGUACCAUAUAACCAUUUGCAUUCGGAGUUGAGUAGAACAAAUUGUACCAGAAAUGGUAUUCACCAAGUGGAGGAGAAAAAAAAAAAUAAUUAUUUGUGGCAUAAAAAUGUUUGCACCAAUGUUUACAAUUUGUAUGAGUACAUUCAAAUAGGCGUUAACCCCGCUGUUAAAAAUGUUUGUUUGGAAACCUUUUUAAAUUUUAUUUUUAACAAGUACGGAAUAAUACAGUUUUCGUAA